CUAUUCUUCAAUUGGCCAAGGCCGGAGAAGGCUUUUUUCUAAGCACUUGUUAUAAUUUAGAUGGAGAUUCUUUCGGGGAGGGCAAGCGACCGUCCCCGCCCUCCACCCGGCAGGCGUUAUUUUCAGCGCCAGACGUCGUUCAGCCUGUCGCCCUCCGACAUGUUUCUCUUCCGCCCGCCCAAGCCAACCUACGUGGCCACCAGCUGGCCGGGAGAGCUUUGCGUUCUGGGUUCGUCGGUGUGCCUGGCGCUGGAGCGAAUCGGCGGGGCCUCUAAGGUGCUGCUGUUCUGCCACGGCACCUCGUCCGACCUCGGCAUGACCAGGCGGAGCCUUGAGACACUUGGGGACAUGCUGGACUGUCACGUCAUCGGAGUGGAGUACCCGGGGUACGGCCUUAUGGCCCACGAUGAGUCGAACGAGCAGAGCGUCAACGCCGCGGUGAGGGUGGCAUUCCUGCACAUAACGGAAGUCAUGGGAUGGCCGGCGGAUCGGGUAGUGGUGAUGGGAAGGUCUCUGGGCUCGGGCCCCGCGGCAUGCCUCGCCAGGGAGUUCCAGCCGGGGGCGCUGUUUCUGCUGGCUCCGUUCACGGGGGUGGGGGACAUGGCCGAGAGCAUCGUCGGGGGCACGCUGGCCUCCAUGUUCAACCUCAACCAGUGGGACAAUAAGAAAGCGGUAGCUGAGACGACCUGCCCCACCCUCGUUCUACACGGGCUGAAGGACCAAGUCGUGCCGCACACCCACAGCCUGGACCUGUACCGAGCUAGCGCCGCCACCACGAAGUACGAGAGGAACCGUUAG